AGUACUAUUUUUUUGCGUGUCUUCUUGGAAAAAAGAUCAAAAGAUAAAUUUUUUUCCUAAAUUUUCGGAGUUACUUCCUUUAAAUAUAAUUAAAAUAAAAAGGGUGCUUCAAAUUUUGUGACAAUGGCUGACUUUUUACAUUCUGAAGCAGAAGAGAGUGAUGAUGAAGAUGAAUUGGAACCCGCAGAGAGGAAAAAACUUAAAAAACUUAAAGCUAUGGAAGAGAGCGACGAGGAAGAUGAAGAUGAUGAAGAUCGUUUGCGGGAAGAAUUAAAAGAUUUGAUUGACGACAAUCCAAUUGAAGAAGAUGACAGUGAUGGUGAGGAUAGUGAUGGUUCGAAAAAGAGGAAAAAAAGUGACGAGGAGGAUUUUGAUGAUCGCCUCGAGGAUGAUGAUUAUGAUCUUAUUGAAGAAAAUCUUGGGGUCAAAGUCGAAAGGAAACGAUUUAAACGUCUUCGAAAAAUUGAAGAUGAAGAAUCUGAAGAAGAACAGGAACACGAAGUGGAAGAAGAAAGAGACGCAAUUGCAAAUCAAUUAUUCGAAGGUUCAGGAGAUGAACGCGAUAUAUUGGAGGAUGAAAGGAGUGAACGAAGUCAUAGACCGGAAAUAGAAACUUUUGAUGAAGAAGGCAGCGAGGGUGAAUAUUCAGAAGAUGAUUUUAUUGUUGACGAUGAUGGUCGACCAAUUGCUGAGAAAAGAAAGAAGAAAAAACAUAUCUUUUCGGAUGCUGCUCUACAAGAAGCGCAGGAUAUAUUUGGUGUUGAUUUUGAUUACGAUGAAUUUGAUAAAUAUGGAGAAGAAGAUUAUGAGGAGGAGGAAGAUGAAGAGGAAGACGAUUACGUUGAUGAAGAGGCUGACAUUGAUAGACCCAAGAGACCGAAAAAACAGCCGAAAAAGAAAACUACAAAAAAGAGUAUUUUCGAAAUUUACGAGCCAUGCGAACUUAAACGUGGACAUUUCACGGAUCUUGACAACGAGGUUCGUACCACAGAUAUACCAGAAAGAAUACAAUUACGUUCGGUGCCAAUGACACCAGUUGCAGAAGGUUCCGAUGAAUUGGAUCUCGAAGCAAAAUGGAUUUACGAACAAGCAUUUCAUAGGCCGACAAUUUCUGUUCAAGAUUCACAUUUAAAUGCCGAAGCAAAAGAGAGAGCCAAUAAACCACCGCAUACAAUUGAAAAAAUAAAAAAGGCCCUUGACUUUAUGCGAAAUCAAUAUUUCGAAGUGCCUUUCAUUUCUUUUUAUCGUAAAGAAUAUGUUUUGCCUGAAUUAAAUAUAAAUGAUCUUUGGAAAGUUUAUAAAUUUGAUGCAAAAUGGUGUCAAUUGCGUCAGCGUAAAGAAAAUCUAUUAAAAUUGUUUGAGAAAAUGAAAAAUUUUCAACUUGAGGAAAUAAUGAAAAAUCCUGAUGCACCGCUACCGGAAAAUUUACGUGUCAUUAAAGACGAUGAUGUUGAACGUUUAAAAAAUGCACAAACAAGCGAGGAAUUAAAUGAUAUUUAUCAUCAUUUUAUUUUAUAUUAUAAUCAUGAAAUUCCAUUGAUGCAAGAAGCUGUUAGACAAAAGGAGCGUGAGACAAGAAAAGAAGCGAAACGUCAAAAACGUAAACAAUUGAUACUUGAGGCAGAGGAAAAUGGUGAAGAACCACCGCCUGAGGAUGAUGAGGAAGAUGAGGAGGAUGAUAAUGUUGAUGAAAUUUUAAAAAAAGCCGCACGAACAGGACCAUAUGAGAUUUGUCGUAAAGCUGGAUUAGAGAGUUUAGUGAAAAAAUUUGGAUUAUCGCCGGAGAAUUUUGCUGAAAAUUUACGUGACAAUUAUCAACGACAUGAAGUUGAUCAAGAGCCAACAGAACCAAUUAUACUUGCCGAGGAAUUUAUUGGUCAAAAAUUUAAAAAUACCGAUGAAGUUUUAAAAGCAGCACAAUUAAUGGUGGCAUUUCAAUUGUCACGUGAACCACUUGUGAGAAAAUGUGUACGCGAUAUUUAUAUGGAGAGGGCAAAAAUAUCAAUACGUCCAACAAAAAAAGGAAUGAAGGAAAUUGAUGAAAAUCAUCCAAUUUAUUCAAUGAAAUAUUUGAAAAAUAAACCAGUACGCGAUCUUAUUGGUGAUCAUUUUUUAAAAUUAUUUACUGCCGAACAAGAUAAAUUGAUAACAAUUUCAUUUAGUAAUUCAAUUGAGGGUAAUACAAGCGCUAAUUUUAUUGAGGAAAUGAAACAACUUUAUUAUCGAGAUGAAUUUAGUAAAAAUGUUCAAGAUUGGAAUGCAUUGCGAGUUGGAAGUGUUGAAAUGGCACUUAUGAAAAUGGUGAUACCGGAUUUGAAGAAAGAAUUGCGGACAAAUUUAAUAGCGGAGGCAAAAGAAUGUGUGAUGAGAGCGUGUUGUCGAAAAAUGUACAAUUGGCUAAAAGUUGCGCCCUAUAGUUGUGAAUUUCCUGAGGAAGAUGAUGAGGAAUGGGAUACAAGUCGUGGAUUACGUGUUAUGGGACUUUCAUAUGUUAAUGAUUAUUCACAAUCGGCAUUUGCUUGUAUUAUAUCACCAGAUGGUGAAUGUACCGAUCAUCUUCGUCUUCCUCAUCUUCUUAAACGUAAAAAUAGUUUUCGUCGUGAUGAAAAAGUAAUGAAGGAAGCUGAUCUAUUGGCAAUUAGAAAUUUUAUCGCUACUAAGAAACCACAAUUAAUUGUUAUUGGUGGUGAAUCACGUGAAGCAUUAAUGAUUCAAGCGGAUGUUAAGGAAAUAAUAACAAAUUUAAUUGAUGAAGAACAAUUUCCUAAUGUUCAAGUGGAAAUUUGUGAAAAUGAUUUGGCAAAAAUUUACGCAAAUAGUAAUAAAGGUAUCGCUGAAUUUCGUGAUUAUCCAGAAUUAUUGCGACAGGCAAUUUCAUUAUCAAGAAGAAUGCAAGAUCCACUUGUGGAAUUUUCACAAUUAUGCACAGCUGAUGAGGAAAUACUUUGUCUUAAAUUUCAUCCAUUGCAAGAUCAAUUGCCGCAAGAUGAAUUAUUGGAGAAUAUUUAUCUUGAAUUUGUGAAUCGUGUUAAUGAAGUUGGUGUUGAUAUUAGUAAGGCAGUACAACAGGCGUAUUGUGGAAAUUUGGUACAAUUUGUAUGUGGUCUUGGUCAACGUAAAGGACAGGCUUUGAUUAAAAUUUUAAAACAAACAAAUCAGAGAUUGGAGAAUAGAACACAAUUAGUGACGGCUUGUCAUAUGGGACCUAAAGUAUUUAUUAAUUGUGCUGGAUUUAUUAAAAUUGAUACAAAUAGUCUUGGUGAUAGUACAGAGGCUUAUGUUGAGGUACUCGAUGGAUCGCGUGUUCAUCCUGAGACUUAUGAAUGGGCAAGAAAAAUGGCUGUCGAUGCACUUGAAUAUGAUGAUGAGGAUGCAAAUCCAGCUGGUGCUUUGGAGGAAAUUUUAGAAUCACCAGAGAAAUUAAAAGAUUUGGAUCUCGAUGCAUUCGCUGAGGAAUUAGAGAGACAGGGCUUUGGUAAUAAACGUGUGACACUUUAUGAUAUUCGAGCGGAAUUAAAUAGUCGUUACAAAGAUUUACGAGUUACUUAUCAAUCGCCAAAUCCGGAGAAAUUAUUUGAUAUGCUCACUAAGGAGACACUUGAAACAUUUUAUGAGGGGAAAUUAAUUUUAGCGACUGUCAUUGGUAUUAGUCGGAGGAAACCACAAGGUGAUCAACUUGAUCAAGCGAAUCCGGUGAGAAAUGAUGAGACGGGACUUUGGCAAUGUCCAUUUUGUUUGAAGAAUGAUUUUCCCGAAUUGUCGGAGGUAUGGAAUCAUUUUGAUGCUGGCUCAUGUCCUGGUAAGGCAAUUGGUAUUCGAUUACGUUUGGAUAAUGGAAUAUCGGGUUAUAUACAUAUUAAAAAUUUGUCUGAUAAACAUGUUGCAAAUCCUGAAGAGAGAGUUGGACUUGGACAAAUAAUUCAUUGUCGAAUUAUUAAAAUAGAAGUGGAAAAAUUUGGCGUUGAAUGUACAAGUAAAAGUAGUGAUCUUGCUGAUAAGAAGAAUGAAUUUAGACCGCAGAAGGAUCCAUUUUAUGAUACUGAGAUCGAGGAGAAAGAUCGUCAGGUGGAGGAGGAUGCAAAAAAAGUGAAACAACGACAAACUUAUGUGAAACGAGUUAUUGUUCAUCCUUCGUUUCAUAAUAUAAGUUUUUCCGAAUCGGAGAAAUUAUUGCAAAAUAUGAAACAGGGAGAUGCAAUUAUAAGACCGAGUAGCAAAGGUGCUGAUCAUUUGACAGUUACUUGGAAGGUGACAGACGGUGUUCAUCAGCAUAUCGAUGUACGUGAAGAAGGAAAAGAAAAUGCAUUUUCAUUGGGACAUCGAUUGUGGAUUGGUAGCGAGGAAUUUGAAGAUCUUGAUGAAAUUCUCGCACGACAUAUUAAUCCAAUGGCUGCUUAUGCUUCUGAAUUACUUGAAUUUAAAUAUUAUAAAUCAAGUAUCGGUGGUAUUAAGGAUAAAGCUGAAGAAUUGCUCAAAACACAAAAGAAAGAAAAUCCUGGCGGUAUACCGUAUAUUAUUUCAGCAGCUAAAAAUCUUCCUGGAAAAUUUUUAUUAUCCUACUUGCCACGUGUUCAAUGUCGUCAUGAAUAUGUCACUGUUUCACCGGAGGGUUUUCGAUUUCGUGGACAAAUGUUCAGUAAGGUGGCAGAUUUAUUGAAAUGGUUCAAGGAACAUUUUCGUGAUCCUCUACCUGGUCAAGCGACUCCCAGCACUCCACGAGGAAUGAUGUCAACUAGAACUCCAUAUCAUACACCAGGAGGUGUAAAUCAGGAAGCAAUUCAAAGAGUUGCACAAAAUAUGCCUCAACAUAUUUUAAGUUCACUUUCGCAAGUUGCGAAUCAAAAAAUAUAUCAACCACAUACACCUAGUGCUGCGGGUUAUAGUGGCAUUCAUACUUAUCCAAAUACGCCUUACACACCAUCGGGUCAAACUCCCUUCCAAGCGAUGACGCCUUAUCGAACGCCACAAACUCCAUUUUUACAACCAGCACCAGUUUCAAUUCAACCAAUUCAUCACAGUAGUCCCAGUCUUUCGAGACCGACACCACCACCUUCAAACGCUUCAGCUGGAAAUAAUAUGGAUUGGAAAAAAGCUGCUAUGGCCUGGGCACGUCAGGCCGGUUCUAAACCCUCUGGCAAUACUCCAAGAUUUGAUGAAGAUAGAAGAACUCCACGUCGCUAUGAGAAUGAUUUUGAUAUAAGCGACAAUUCAUUUUCAAAAGGAUCAUCACGCGAUAAUACACCAAAACAAUCGUUUGAUGAUAAUAAUUCAUUUUCUUCUAGAGAUAAAACACCAACUUAUUCCUCAUCAUCGUCAACAUUCCGAGGGAAAUCACCAUCAUAUUCAAUGAAUCAAAGAGGAAAAUCACCAUCAUUAUCGAGUAGCACAUCACGUGGUAAAUCACCAUCAUACUCGCGUAAUAAAUCACCGAAAUAUAAACAAAGUCCACGUAGCAGUAGCAGUAGUAGUAAUCGUGGUGGUGGGAAAUUUAAUGCAAAUACAUCAUCAUCACGUGACAAGAGUCCAGCUUAUGAUGAUAAUCCAUUUACAAUUGGUUCAUCGAGAGAUCGACAGAGAGAUGAUGAUAAUAAUGAUGAGCAAUCAGAAAAGAGUGAUAAUCCAUUUACAAUUGGUUCAUCACGUGAAAAAUUAAGAACUCCGUCGUAUAAAUCACCACGUAAUAGUAGUACUCCGUUCACGAAUUCUAGUCCAAGGAGUAUGUCAUUAAGUGGUGAUGGAACACCACUUUACGACGAAAGCUAACAACAUCGUUCUUUUAUUAUAUCUCGUUCUUUAUAGUUUUAGGCGUUGUUUAAUCAAAGAAAAUAGAAAAAAAAAGAAAAUUUGCCUUUCGGUACUCUCUCUCUAUUUCUAAUAUUAUGGAGAAUUGCUUGCAAAAAGCAAGAGAAAAGGAAGUCUUUUUUUUUGAAAAAAAAAGCAUUUUCCAAAAAGGAUAGUUUUUCUGUGAUAGUCUUUUAAAAAAAUAAUUUUAAAUAACUUUUUAUUACUAUUUAUUUAAAUAAUUUAUUAUUAUUUUAAUAUUCAAUUUUUGAGUAUAUUUUAAGAAUUUGUCAAUUACUAAAAUUGUAACAAUUUCCUCUUUUUCUUGACUGAACUGAAAUUCUUUUAAAAAAACAGUUGUUUAAAAUUUUCCAAAAUAGACAGUCGCAGAUUAACUGAAUAUAAUAAUUAAGAGGACUUAUUUAUUAUUAAAUAAUUUGUCUUCAGAGAUUUAAUUCUUCUUUCAUGAUUAAGAACUUCUCAGUUUACAUAGAUUUUUUUUUAUGUAUAGAAGAGAAUUAUUUUGAAGAAUAUUACAAAAGAAUUGUAUUUCUUUUUAUUUUUUACUUACAUCUAGUCAUUUUUGUUUUUGUUGAAAAUUUAUUUAUUUAUUUUUUUUGUGUUUUUAAUUUGUUGACAUUUAUGAAAAAUUGCAUGAUAUUGAAAAUUUGUGAAUAUGUUUUAUUGUUUUUAUAAAUUUUAUAGUUGUUUCUUUUUCUCUUGCUUUUAAGAUAAGACAAUUCACGGGGAUUUUAAUUAUUAUUGACCUAUGUCAAUAAUAUUUAGUGCAAAAUUGUUGUAAUAUAAUUUUUUGUUUUGUCACAUAUGCAUAAUAAUCGAUUAUGAAAUAUGUUAAUUAGAUGCCACAUAAACUUUUACAAAUGUCUUGAAAGAAUUUUCCAUCUCAAGCUUUUUAUUUAGAAAUAUUUAUAAAAAAUAUUGUUCUAUAGAUAAUCAAUUGUAUAUACAUUUAUAUACAAAAAAAAUUUUGUCAUUUACAAAUGGUAAAAGGAAUUCGAAAUUUUGUUUAAUUUCUUUUUCAAGGCGAUUUUUGCAUUUAAAUUUUUUUUCUGAUUCAACUGAAAUCGAUAAUAAUCUAGUCUAUUUUUUCAAAGUCUCGCGAUAAACAAAAAAAAAAAAUGCAAAUUAUUUACAAAUCAAAUGUGUCUUUUUAUACAUUUUUCAUUGAUCUCAGAAUUUUAAGUACCAUCACACAAAAUCAAAUUUUAUGUGAACAUUGAUAUUUUUAUUAUUACAAUCGCCGUUUAAUGAUUAAUUAGUUAUAAUUGUGAGGGAUUAUUUUAAUGAACAUAAUUUGUUCAUUUUUUGUUUUCUAAAUCUACAAAAAGUAUGCUCUUCUCAUAUAUUUUUUACAAUGGCUAAACGGUGAAAUACAUUAUAUGUAUUACAUUAUAUUAUAAUAAAAUAUAUUCAAAGCCCUUUAUCAAAAA